CGUUUUCCCCAAACCAUUGGCGUUGACAACACUCGACAAUUCAAUUAGAAUUUUUUUUCUUUUGUGUAAAGUGGAUUUAUUUGGAGAAGAAUUACAAAGAUUUUUCAACGAAAUUAAUUACAUUUUGUGGAUAAAAAUGUGUUCGCAAAUAAAAUAACAACUACGGUUUAGCGUGCAAGCCGAAAAUUGUUCUUUGGAAUCGGCCAAAACGUCGAGAAAUUAACGAAAAUGAUUUGUGGGAUCGUAAUUGAACGCAAUUGAAACGAGAAAAACAGCAGCAAGAAAAAGAGAAGAAUAGAAACAAAAAAGGCAAAAGCAACGAUACGACGAGAAAAACAAUUUGAUUUCACGAUAUUUUUUCUACUAGAAACAAGAAAAAAAAAGAAAAACAAAAUUAAGUGUGUGUAAAGAAAGGAAAAGCAAUUCAUUACAACAUAUUGGCAUUGUCCUCCUCCUUCUUCCGAAAAAAAACGCUCAACACCCAGAGGGAAUUAGUUGAUCAAACAUUACAAACAUUGCGUAUAACUACAUGGGCAUACAAAUGCAACUUGUAAUAGGAAAUUUGUUAUCAAACCUCAUCAGCAACAAGAUCAGCAGGAGCAGCAAAAGCAACAGCCGACGGAACAACAACAGCAGCAGCACAGCAUCAAUCAAAUCAGCUACGAGAACGACAACAAAUAUUCGAUCCACUUUAAAAGAUUUCUUUGUUUGUAGGGGACCAAAAACACACAAAACAACAACAGCAGCAAGAAAAGAAAAAAGCGGCGACGACUGCAAACAAAAUACAACGAUAUCAUCUACGUAGAGUCAAGAAGAACCUCGGCAGCAAGUAACGUCAUAUAGCCACAAACAAAAAAAAAAAAAAUAAGGAGAAACACCAACAAAUUCUGCCUGUGUAGGAGAACAAGACACGGCUGCCAUUAACACUGCAGGCAGCAGGUCACAGGCCCAUUCAACGAUUGGAAGCUCUGCAAACCUCUGCAUUUUUUUGGCCAUCUAUAAUGGAGUCUUUAAAAUGUAGCCGCCUUGUGACACCACUUCUGAUAGCCUGCACAUGUAUUUUAAGUCCAUUGCUGGAAGUUGAUGCCCACAUUUUGGUGUAUCGACGCAUUACCAAUCAGCUCAUUGAAGAAUACAAUGAUAUGCCUGCCCAAUUUGGACCCAGUCUCACAUCGAGCGGCAUUAAGGUGUUUGCGGUGCCAGCUGUACCCAGCGAUGCCUGUGACAAGAUAGCACCACCACCAACUCACAACCUUGGUUAUCCCAGCAAUGCAAAAUAUGCAGCCAUUAUACAAAGGUGGGCUGGUGUGGAUUGUACAUUCGAGUUGAAGGUACGCAAUGCCCAGGCGGCACGAUUCGAUGCUGUGGUUAUCUACAACAAUAACAGUGAUGAUUUGGAACACAUGUCAGCCCAAAAUUCCAGCGGUAUUAUGAUACCAUCGGUCUUUGUUGGCCAUACCACGGGCAUGAAUCUGCGAUCAUUCUUUACACCGGAAAUUGUUUUGGUCAUAAACGAUGAGCUGCCAUUCAAUAUCAAUACCCAAUUGAUUUUACCAUUUUCCAUUCUAAUUGGUCUAUGUUUUCUAACAAUGAUAUUCUACAUGAUCUACAGAUGUAUACGAGAAGAAAGAAAUUUGCGUCGCUACCGCUUGCCCAAGCGCAUGUUGAAAAAGCUGCCCAUCAUAAAGUUUACGAAAAACAGCAACAUUGCCUACGACACUUGUGUGAUCUGUAUCGAGACAUUUGCCGAGGGUGAUAAAUUAAGGGUCUUACCAUGCAAACAUCCCUAUCACAGCAAUUGCAUCGAUGUUUGGCUAACCGAAAACAAGCGCGAGUGCCCAAUUUGCAAGCGUAAGGUUUUUACGAAAGGCGAAGCCCGAUCACAACGGAAUCGACAGUCUUCAUUGGAUAGUAUAGUGGAUACUGAUGACGAUACCGCCCCAUUGUUACAACAAUCGUCGCAGAGUUCAUUGACAACAACAAUGUCAUCGAACAACUCCACACGUCAUGGUACAUUUCAACGGGGCUCCACACCGGGUGGUGGUGCAGCAGAUGUUACAUCGGAUGAUGAAAAUAUGCUAUCAUCAACCCCUGCUCGUCGCAUAAAUCCUUUGACCGUUCACCAAACCUACCACCCCACUUGGCGGCUCAACUUAACAGUGAUGGCUCAGAAGUAUUUGGUCCCUACCAAUAUUCAGAUGGUUUCCUACGGCCAAUGCAAAUGCCUCUACAUGGACGGCAGUGUGGCAGCGACGCCACGCUCCCAAUCGAUAGCUACACAUUCGUCAAAUAAUGUUCUAAAUCCGAAUUUAAGUGGUUCAUUUAAGGAGGAAGACGAUGAUGAGCCGCCGUACAGUGUAUAUAUGAACCGGCUAGUCCAACAACCGGUUGUGGAGAAUGAAACAGAUUCGGUUUUUAUACAAACACCUACCCAAGGUGGCAUAGCUGUGGCUGCAUUGCCCCGAGAUAGCAAUGAUGAACCAGUACACACAUCCCAUGCCACCCGCAGUAAUACGGCAAGAUUUUGGUAAUGGACAAAAAAAAGAAAACGAUUAGAUUUUUGUUUGUUGUAAAGAGGGAGGCGGAGGAGGAGUAGGGCGGA